AUGACUUCAGUAGAACCUUCAGAUAAAACUGAAGAAACUAAAUUACCCGAAUGCCAAUUGAUUGUACGGAAAACUUCCUUAUUUGACCAUGGAUGCUUCGCAGCAACUAACGGAUUUUUGUUUUGGGUCUUUAUUUGGAGUUCAGCACGCGCAUUCACAAACAUAAUGCAACUGCUCGAUUUGCUUAAGAACCUCCCUAUUGCUCAAGAUUUAAUUUUUGACUCAUCAUGGUAUAGUGCUGAGAUUGCCAUAGUUUCUUAUAUAGCUGGAAU